UGUUGGUUAAAAAUGGCAGCCGAGUGUGAUGCGAGUGUGAAGCAAGCAGAGACCCUGUCAGUGCCUUUGAAACAUGGAAGGGGGAGCACAAGACGAUCAUUGUUGAUUCUUGGGACGAUAUUUCUAUUUUCACUACUGUGCCUUUUUCUAGUCUACUGGAAUUUCCCGACACUGGAACCGUCUGAAAAGCAGCACAUGAAGCUGCCUCGAGAUAUAGAGGAUGCCAAGGGCUUGGGACAAAUGCUCAACAGAUACACUGAUCGCUAUUUCUUCACCGUCACAUCUGGCUUCUUUUUCACCUACAUCUUCUUGCAGUCCUUUGCGAUCCCAGGCUCAAUCUUCCUCAGCAUCCUUUCUGGUUUCCUCUUUCCGUUCCCAUUGGCACUGUUCCUGGUCUGCCUCUGCUCAGCGUUGGGAGCAUCCUUCUGCUACUUCUUCUCGUACCUGGUCGGGAGGCGCCUGGUGUUCAAGUACUUUCCUGCCAAGGCCUUGAAGUGGUCCGAGCAGGUGGGGCGACAUAAGGAUAAUCUGCUCAACUACAUGAUCUUCCUGCGCGUCACACCGUUCCUGCCCAACUGGUUCAUCAACGUCACAGCACCCGUCAUAGAUGUGCCCAUAGCCCCUUUCUUUCUAGGCACAUUUGUAGGUGUGGCGCCGCCAUCGUUUGUAGCCAUCCAGGCCGGCACCACGUUGCAUAAGCUGAGCUCUACCCGAGACGCAAUCUCCUGGUGGUCCGUGUCCAUGCUGGCCAUCUUUGCCGUGCUGUCCCUGCUGCCAGUGAUCUUCAAGGGCAAGCUCAAGCAGAAAGUGCUCUAGUGCUCCUCUUCUGGCCAGGAUGCACGUUCCUCGCGUGUCUCCUCUGUUGACUUGCUGACGCCCGCCCAAUUUUUCUCACGUUUUUCCUCGUUUCUGUGCCCCCCCUUCCUCCCACCAUGCCGCCGACCCUUGCUUCCCCACUGUAAAACACCCUCUAAAAUUUUUAAUUUUUUUCAAGAGAAAUUCAGCGUGCCUCCAUCAUCUUAAGAUGUCCAGAGACUUGCCCGGAAAGGUAGCUUUUCUCCCAUUUCUUGGUUUCGUCCUCCCGUUUCUCUCUUGCGAGGUACAACUUUCAACACACUUGGCUCCCCACCGCUGUCUGUUCAAAAAUUGUGUAUGUCAUGGACGAAAUCGGACAAUUUAAAAGAUGACUGGAGGCAUUUUUAUUUUGACGUUGCCUUCAUUGUUUACGUGCCUCUGCAGUUCGACCUAAAUCUGAUUUUUUUUUUUUUUUUUUCCUGAUUUGGAACUAGUAACUUUGAAACACUUGCACGUACGAAAACGCAAAUGUAAUUGCGACCAGUGCCAGCCACUGAAAUUGUAGUACUAACUGCAUAUUUUUAUAUUUCGGCUUUGCACAUCUGACAGGUUGUGUUGUUGUCCAAGCUAGCCUCUCUGUUGUUUUGUUUGUUUGUUUUUUGUUUUGUUUUUUUCCUUUCUCUUUGAGGUGUUCUUGUGUUUCCAAGAGCCCAACACAAGCCUGGGGGGGUCAACUUCAUAUUUGUUACUGUUUCACUUGCUGAUCUUUUCUCUUGGUCCCUUGUCUAUGAUGGGAGCUGCGUAAGCAGCUGGUAUUGUACGAUAGGUUGACAUCUUCUGUCCUCUCUGUCAUUUCUUUUUUUUUUUAUCAGCAGGGCAGCCGCAUUCUUUUUAUUUUGUGUGUUUGUUUGUCAUAAAGUUUUCACAUUUAUCAAAGUUACAGUAUUCCUUUAUCAUUUUCUGCCACGUUUUAUUCACUUUCGUUUGUCCGUAACCAGGGCUGUGCAUUUGCCUUUUCCCUUGUGAGCAGACUUUCUUCAAUCACUCGCUUCUGCCAUUCGGUUUUGAAAGUGGCCAAGUUAUCCGGAUUGUGUCUGUAGCUUCCAGUGACGUCAACAUACUUCUGGAAAGGCUCAGAUGCGUGCUUGCUUGUUUUGGUCAACAUUGCACUCGUAGCAUGUUGCGAACAAGUAAAAUAUGCUACUUGAAGUGCGUGCCUGUCUUGUCAGUGCAGUUUUGAGUUGUGAUGCAGUCUGUAUAUAAAUAUGAAGCGCACUGGGGCAUGCAACUUCAUUUCUACAGAGUUGUGCGAACAAGAUUGCCUGGUUCUUGGUUCUUUUUUGGUGGUUCUGGAGGCUCGAUCUACGACUGAAAUCGUAAACUGUGGCUCAAUGCUGUACAGCAUGCGUUGUGGUGGCGCGUGUAAGCAGUUUUUUGUUGCUCUGCCAUUUCGCAAUCAUAUGAGAAGGGGGGGAAAAAACGUUGCAUGGAAGGAAUUUCAAGACUUAGCUCCGUUCUUCAUCAGGCUAACAGCACAUAACCCAUAAAAAGAGCAUAUACUUUUUCAAUCUAACCAGUAGAGAGAGUGCAGCAGGAUGAAAUGAAUUGGGCAUGUAGAUAUUGCGAAACAAGAAAGCGUGUUGUAAAUGCAUGUGUUCAGGCUGAGGAAUAAUAGCAAGGUUACCCCUGCCGUGGCUAGUUUCGGGACCGAUGGCAUGCGAGAUCUGCGAGUGGCUGAACGUUUAUUUCGCAGCGUAAGGGUGGAGUUGAUGGUAAUGAGCGCAUGUCAACUAGGUUAAUAUGGAAGCCAAGUUUUUAAGGGGUAAUCGUAAUAUUAAGUUGCCAUUUCAGAGGUCUGAAAGCACUACUCUACUAUUGCAGGGUCAUCAAACCAAAGUGCAACAAAGUUUAUCCGCACGGGCAGCCUAAGAAAACACAUGCAAUGAGUGGAUUCACUUCAAGGUUCAGCAGAGUAAUUGGAAUUUGAUGACUAUAAUUCUUGCAGUGCACUGCUGAUAGGAUCCUUUUAUGAAAACGGUAAUGAGAAAGCACUUUUUUUUCAAUUUUGCAACUCCGGCUGCAUUUGUGGGCACAUUUUUGAAAGUUUUUUUUUUUCUUUCUUUUGGCUUUGAAAGUUGUUGACAGAACUAAGUUUAAUAUGACAGGUUGACUACCUCCAAUGAAAUAGCUCACGCGGUCGAGCCUUCGCAAGUAUUACCAAUAAUGCUAACCCACCUACCACAAUACACUAAAAGCUGCAUACGACCUGCUUGACAGCCAUUUCACAUAAAACCAGCCACUACAAUGAAAGGUGCACUACUUGGUGUUGCUAUAGUAAUAUGCCCAGGCGUGUUUCAUGUAAUACAUGCGAUUAGGUGCAUGGCAGCCAGUGGUGGGAAAAGAAUACCGUAUGAUAGUUUCAAAUGUCUUCAGAAAAGCCUCGAUCUGCGCAGCUUCGAACAGGGUAGAGCGCGCCUCGCCUUUGUGCUAGGUCGUUUGGGAUGGAUGCCUGUAUGCCCCGACACUUGCAGGUUGUGUAAACUUCAUUGUACAUUGUGUGCACGUUGUGUUUCGUUUGCAUCCGUGGCUACCGUUUAUGUGGUUGCAUGAUCGUGGGAGACUAAACAAGCAUGUCUAUAGCUUAGGCCUUGGAGCUCAUAGAAAGCAAAUUCGUGUUGAUCCAUUCGCUUUCUAUGUGAGAUCGUGUGUGUGAUUGAUGUGGUCUGCUGAAAGUGUCUUCCUAUUAAGAAGUAAUAUGGGGAAAAUGCAGUGCUGUCUUUUUCUUUCUUAUUAUUUCGUUAAAGAAAAAAAAAUGUUACUAUAUUUUGUACUGCAGUGUGCCCUGUCACAAUGUACUGAAGUUAUUGCAUUUUGAUGUGCAUGCUUUCCUUGUCUCCACUGAAAAGAGUUAAAAAGAAAGUAUUCUAUGUUGGAGUUUCAGCUGCUUUAACAAGUAAAUGAAAUGCGUGUUGACUUUUGCAAUGUUUCAUAAAAGGUUGUAGGCUGCACACGUGUUGCAUGCAGGCUAAUUUUAGUACAGCGAUAACAACCUUGCCUUGCUGAUGCUACGUUUGUAAAAAGGAUAUAUUCAUGCUUUCACUGUCCUUGACAUAUUAUAUGCCGUGAAUGUGGCAAUUAAGAGUCCGCGCAAACUUUUUGUCAAGCUUGAGCUAUGAAACUAGGACCAACAAUAUGCGGGCCAUUUCUGUUUCGCUGGCAUCUUGGUGAAUACAUUUGCAGUGAAAUUGCUCACUCAGGUUUUGUUAACUUGUUAAUUUUUGCAACUUUUUGAGACUUUACACAUGCAUGUCCAUCUUUAUAUAAAAGGCACAGUGCAGCGCUGUCCUAAGCUGGGUGGUGAAGAAAACAGUGCCACUGAUGGCAGGAAAUUUAUCCAUGACUCGCGAAGCAGACAAAAUUGCGCAGGAGACUCGCUGCGAUCAGUUUCACAUGCUGGGAUUCACAAAAGCAUUAAUUUCUUAAGCGACACGUUUGAGCUUUCAACAGUGAAAAUGCUGCCGUCAACACAACUGACUGAGCGCUUGCAAGAUCAAGGUGUACAAAAGAAAGUGACAGUGGAAAAUCAAAGCGCAGUGCCCUCGAUGAUGCAAAGAGAUAUCUCGCAAUUGCAGUGUGCAACCUUAGUGCCCCCUGGAGGCAGCAAGAUUUGAAGCCUGACACCAUGUCUAAUCUCAAAGUAGACACCGCUAAUGCAUAGGCGAGAACUCUGAGACGCGAUUGGCUUUGGCAAUUUUUGUUUCUGCCUUCUGGCAGCAACAGCUCAACGCGUGAAAAUUAGUGUUAAUAGAAGUCAAUGCAAAGAACCAAGAAACAUAUGGAACAUCACAGCGUCAAGUUGGUAGGUUAACAUCAUCGAAUUCAAACAGCGCGAAAGGAACAAAGAACAAUUGACUCGGACAACGCAGGCACUAGUUGCGAGUCAGCAGCUGUGCUGUGCGGAUCUAUUGUCCUUUGUUCCCUUCGCACUGUUUGAUUUUGACGAAAUAGAACAUAUGACACUUGCCAAGCACGUUUCCUGGCGUGGCCAUUUAUUUUUGCAUUUCGAACAUUUUGUUGUUGACCAUAUACAGCAAUUGUUUGUGUGUAUGGGCACCUUUCUAAUGCUUCAGGUUAAAAAAAAGAGUCGCUUAAAUGUGAGAAUUUUAUCUCUUGGCAAAACAUGCCAGUCACGAUAUGCAUUUCUCGAGCGUUGCCUGCUCCACGUGUUAUGUUCCACAUAAUUUGUUUGGAGUUCCUACUGCAGGUGGCACUGUUUGUUAAAACACUGGUGGUAUUGUACAACAACUGCACUGUGCCUGCAUUUUUUUUUCCCCCUUUUUGAAAUGAAAGUGAUGGACACGCAAAGUAUAUUUUGCACAACAUGCAAUAACAAGACAAUUGUUUUAGCACUGCCGCGCGAAAUCGGUUCUUUAAACAAGACAUUCCUUGGGGUUAGCCACUGGCCUGUUUCGUGAAGUGCAUUUGUUGUAUGUAGUGUUCAGUAGUUCUAAGUGCUCAGUGUUGUCCAAGUUCAAUCUUGCAUACUGAUAUUCUCUAGGGGCAGAAAACUUGAAAGGGGCAGCAAAAUGUGACGGAUGCUUCCGAUAACUUUUUGGCUUUCUUUAAACUCUCCUUCCCUUUCCUUUUACUUUGAAGGUAGAUAACAGUAUUUCUUCAGCUUGUCUUUUGAAUAGACCUUUUAUUUUCAUAGCUGGAUACUGAAAACUAGUCAUGACUAUAGCUUGUUCGUAUAACAAUGUUUUUAGCAACCAAGGCGUGGCAAGAGGCUCUUGUUAUUACAGUGAAAGGAGUAUAUAAGCUGCGCCGUUAAUAUGCUCUUUAAGUGAUAACAAAGGUAGCGUCUACUUUAUUUGCAGUGUUAAAGAAGCGUUCAUCGCAGCUAACUUCUGCAGUUAGUUUCUUUUUUUUCUUUACUGUAAUGAAUCUGGCAGUCUUCACAAGCGCACCUAAGUAUUAGCAAUUACGGCGUCAAGUGUUGGAACCUGUCAGAAUCAAUUGCUAGCUGCCACUGUUAACCAACCGAAAUAAUCGGAAUGUUGUAAUACAUCUAAGCACUGCGUGUAAUAUUUUUCCCCUCUACAUUGAUACGUUUUAUUUUCUGUUGUGUGCCAGGGCAUUGCUUUGCAAAGUACUGGCCGUAGACCAGAAGUUGUACGCACACAGAAACCAAGUGAAAUGUUAUUGAUUGCAUAUUGGUGUAACUUGAACUGCAAAAUAAAUGAUGAAAUCUCAGUUGUGUUCAA